CUCCUUUCCAGACAUGAGCGAGAUGAGAUAUCGGUAGUUGCAAGGGAGACCCGUGUUGGCCCAGCAGGCUCAGCGGAAUGGCCGACGAGGGGCUAAAGCUCUUCCCUUACUACCGUUACAUCAUCAACGAAUCUGACUACCCCGACGCCUCCCUCAACUACGAGGAGAUCCAGCGGUGGGCCAACGAAAUCUUCGACAGCACCACCGCCGGCUUGGGAGAACCUUUACCCCCGGCCGAUGCGCUCGAACACACGCCAACCAGAAUACAGGAGGUGACAGCCUCGUCACUCUCCCUCGUGUACAACCUCACCAGCAGUCUCGAUCUCGGCCUCAACUGGUCCUCACAACCCCUCGUGCCUUCAGGAGGCUUCGACCCCGCCUCCAACUGGUCCUCAAGCCUCGACCUCGAUGCCAUUGACAUCCUCAACGGGAACCAGUCCACAGGGACAUCCUACGGGCCCGAUUUCAAUGGUUCCUUAGAUACUCUAGCUGGAGGGUACAAUGGAACAAACUACACAUCUCCCACAACAGAGCAUCCUCCUAUGCCGGAUAGAUACUCCAUUUAUGAGGUCAUCCUCAUAGCCGUGUUCGCCGGGUUCCUCUCCAUCGCCACGCUGCUGGGCAACCUGAUGGUGAUGAUCAGCUUCAAGAUUGACAAACAGCUUCAGACCAUUAGUAACUACUUCCUGUUCUCGCUGGCCGUGGCGGAUAUCACUAUAGGCAUGGUCUCGAUGCCUUUGUUUACUCUGUACACGCUCCUGGGUUACUGGCCUCUCGGACCGCUCAUCUGCGACACCUGGCUUGCCCUUGACUACCUGGCUUCUAAUGCAUCGGUUCUCAACCUGCUUAUCAUAUCCUUCGAUAGAUAUUUCAGCGUGACACGACCCCUCACGUACCGGGCCAAGCGGACGACCCGACGCGCGGCUGUCAUGAUCGGGUCAGCCUGGAUCAUAUCUCUCAUCCUGUGGCCGCCUUGGAUCUACUCGUGGCCACAUAUCGAAGGCCGGAGGACUGUCCCGGAGAACGAGUGUUACAUCCAGUUCAUCGAGACGAACGAGUACGUCACCUUCGGCACAGCCAUCGCGGCCUUCUACCUGCCCGUGACGGUGAUGUGCGGCCUCUACUGGCGCAUCUGGAGGGAGACCGAGAAGCGGCAGAAGGACCUGACCAACCUGCAGGCGGUGAAGAAGGACCCGAGUAAGAGGUCCAACUCAAGGAGAGAAAAGUUAUGCACUCGACAGCCGUGUCUGGCUCUGGUACACUCCACCCUAUACCUCACACCUGGUCUACCCAUUCUUCCAGAUCCAACCAGCUUCACAGACACAGGCAUCUCUCGCAGUGAGGCCGAGGAGGUGGUGGAGCCCGAGGACUGGAAGAGACAGCGUUCGGAGUCAUCUACGGCCAUGGAUGAGAUCGAGACCACGUACGUGCCGACGGCGCUCGUCAUGGACAACACUAAGUAUGCCCCUCAGCCUCUCCUAAUGCGCUGUGCCGCGUGGUUGCAGGGCCGCGACGUGGGGAAGGCCGCUGGGUGCUGCCGCGGCCUUGCCUCCUGCAUCAAGCGCACAGUCGACCGCGAGGACACCAGCACUCAGGCCGCAGGGCACCGAGCAGGAUACCACACCCCGGGCUACCACACGCCGGGCUACCACACCCCCGGCUACCACACUCCAGGCUACCACACCCCCGGCUCCGUCGAGACCUCGCUGCCGUCGUCCGUGUCCCGCUGCACGUCCCUCAACUACAUCCGCGAGCCGAUGAGCGUCACGCCCACCAGGUACAGACAGAACUCCAUGAUCCCCCUCGUGGAGCGAGCCGAGCGCCCCGACCAUCACCACCACCACCACCACCAUCACCACCACGGCGCCUCCACGCUCCCCCGGGCGGAGAGCACCCUCGGCGUGGGCGCCCGCGCCCAGGUCGGGGGGCGCCUGCAGGCCCGCUCCCACUCGUCGGACUCCGUGUACACCAUUCUGAUCCGCCUCCCGCACGACCCCUCGCAGGACGGCCCUCUGCACCCGCCCUCCAUCCUGAUGAUCGAGGAGGAGGGCCAGGAGGGCGGCGGCCCGGGCGGCGGCCACAAGCUGCGCUUCGACAGGGGCACGUCGCCCCUGGCCCGCCGCGGGGACUCCGUGUGCUCGGACCCCAGCGGCCAGGCGACCAGGGUGGAGUGCUCGCUGCACCCCGGGGGGCCGGAGGGCACGUCCCCGGUCCCCCUGCGCAGGACUUCGCACGCCCCCGACAUCAAGAUCCCGCUCAACGCCAAGAUCAUCCCCAAGCAGCUGGCUAAGAACUCCGGCGCGGGAGGCACCGGCGCCGGGGGCGGGGCCACGGGCGGCGGCGCCAACGCGGGCGGGGGCAUCGGCUCCGGAGGCAAGAAAAAGAAGAAGAAGAAGAACCAGGAGAAGAAGCAGGACCGCAAGGCCGCCAAGACGCUGUCGGCCAUCUUGCUGACGUUCAUCGUCACUUGGACGCCGUACAAUGUGCUGGUGCUCCUGAAGACCCUGAUGGCCUGCAACGCCGACGACUGCAUCCCGCGCCAGCUGUGGGAUUUCUCCUACUACCUGUGCUACAUCAACUCCACCAUCAACCCCAUGUGCUACGCCCUCUGCAACGCCGCCUUCAGGAGAACCUACGUAAGAAUCCUGACGUGUAAAUGGCACAGCCGUCGCAAGCAGGGAGUCCAAAGAGGAUAUUACAGCUGAGGACGUCUAACUCGCCGCCUGGCACGAGCCACUUACCAACUGCUCUUCCUCCUUCACCUGCACUGGCUGGCCAGCAUUUAGGGACCGACCACCUCAUGCGAUCGCUCUCGCUCUUUGCGUGUGCAUCUCUUGGGAUCUCAUUAUAUAUAUGUUUAUAUACAUUUGUGUGUGUGUGUGUGUGUGUGUGUGUGUGCAUAUAUAUGUGUAUGUGUGUGUGUUUGUG